UAACAUUUUUUAAAAUAACAAAAUUCUUUUUAAGAUUGAAAACUUGCAACAUUUGCCUGCUUUCAUACUUCUGCACAUAUAUAGAUGGAUCCAAAUCUUGAGUCCAAAUGGAGUAAUGGAUCGAUCAAACAACACAAGGAGCAAAAGUGAUAUUGCUGAAGAGGAAGCAAAGAGGCUCUCUGUAUCAAAUUCUUUUGAGAUCAGUGAUGGGAUGCUUUCUCUCCUAUUAAAAAGCAAAAUGAAAGUUUCUGGUUGUUCUGACGUGCACUUGGCAUAGGGCACUGCACGCUGCGAGGUGCACCCUUAUGAUCUCACAGCUCAAGCAGCCUCUCACACAGCAUGUAAACAGAUGUACACCAAAAGGCAGCAAAGAGCCACACCAAUGUCUGUGGGGAUUUGAAUUUGUAAAAACUGGUAGAAAAUGACUCGAGGAAAUGUCUAAAUCUGCUGCUAGCCAGCCCUGAGAGUCCUCUGCAGAGAAGGAAUGUGAGGGCAGAGGUAGGGAUUAAUAUCCUGCCCAAAUUCUUGGUGAUGCUGUUAGAGAAAGGGAGCAGCACAGUGCUGGGGUUACCUAACCGUGUCUAUGAUGUCAGGCAGUGGGCACAGCAAACCGAUUCCCCGAGCUUCCCAUCCCAGAUACACGAAUCCCUUCUGCUUCCCCUUCCUGUGACUGCACUGCCCCAGCCCUGGCUCAGACCCUUCCAAGCAGGCAGCUUUGCCAGCAGAAGGAAGCGCUGGGGCUGUGCUGCGGACAGAUGGCCGGGCUCCCUGGUGGAUGGAGCCAGCAGGGACGGUUCCAACAACAGGCUCUGGCUGUUUCAGAGGGGUAAUGAUUGAUGGUGACUUGUAACAAGGGAGUAGAGCAGUUCUUUGCUGUUAACCAGACUUGGCUACAGCAGCAUAGAAGUGGAGAUUUGUUACUUCGUGUAUUCAUCCUGCCUCUGCUUCCUUCCUGCCCACCCUUCGUGCUUUUUAAUUCUGAAAAGAUGAAGCUACAUUCCUCGUCCUUAAAAUUAUCUUUCCCAAGAUACUCUUAAUUGUAUCUCUACACCUCUUCUUAUUCACAGGCUCAUAAGAAGAUUAAAGAUAGAGGGAGCAGUAAUAGAUUUAGUUGGAUUUUAAUAGGAUUUGCUGAGGGCAAUGCAGACAAUGAACAUCAUAGAGAAUAUUGCUACCCUGUCUUUGAUAUUCCUAAGGCUUCUCAGGUAGUCUUUCACAGAGAUUUUAUCUGUGCCCUGCAUUUAGAGUGGAGAUUCUCAUUUUUCUGUGGAGCAUGUGUGGGGGUUUUUUUAGAGGUAUAUUGAAUCAUCUGAGUAAACAGGAUGCUACAUGAUAACCAGCAAAAAAUCAUUUCAGACAUCAUUUUGUAUUGUUUGUAUCUGAUCAAGCACAGUUUUGCAUGUAGACCGCGGGGUUUUUAAUAGCUGUUACAUUUCUGAAAGUGUCUGCUGUUUGUCUGGCAUCAAAUGAGGUAGAAGAGUUCUCAUCUAUUUGGUUACCAGUAGGCAUGGAUCCAUCAGACCCAUGGACACACAGUUGAAGAUGCUGAAAUAAAAGCCUAUUUCACCUCUGGAAUUCAGGAUCCCAGAAUAAUUUGUGGAAAGCAGUGAAUAUACCCAGAAGCCCAGCCAUGGCCAGAGAUUCUAGGAUCUUCAUGAACCAGGACAUGGACAUCGGAGUUGCAUCCAGAGAGCCUAAGAAGAUUCCCAAGCAGGCUCGGGAUGACGUCCCCAUCGCCACUGACAGAACCCGGCUCAUAACAGCAGAAGGUAAGAAGCCACGGCAGCGAUACAUGGAGAAAAGUGGCAAGUGCAAUGUGCACCAUGGGAACGUCCAAGAAACCUACCGAUACCUGAGCGACCUCUUCACUACUCUGGUGGACCUCAAAUGGCGUUUUAAUCUUCUGGUCUUCACUAUGGUCUAUACCAUCACUUGGUUGUUUUUUGGGUUCAUAUGGUGGCUCAUUGCCUAUAUCCGGGGAGACCUGGACCAUCUUGAAGAUGAAAACUGGAUCCCUUGUGUUGAAAAUCUCAGUGGAUUUGUUUCUGCGUUUCUCUUUUCUAUUGAAACUGAGACAACAAUUGGGUAUGGCUACAGGGUUAUAACGGAGAAGUGCCCGGAGGGCAUUGUGCUGCUCCUGAUCCAGGCUAUUCUGGGUUCCAUAGUCAACGCGUUCAUGGUGGGAUGCAUGUUUGUCAAGAUCAGCCAACCAAAGAAGAGAGCUGAAACCCUCAUGUUUUCUAACAAUGCAGUGAUUUCCAUGAGGGAUGAGAAGCUCUGUCUCAUGUUCCGUGUUGGAGACCUCCGCAAUUCCCACAUUGUCGAGGCUUCCAUCAGAGCCAAACUGAUUAAGUCCAAACAGACCAAAGAGGGAGAGUUCAUCCCCUUGAACCAAACAGAUAUCAAUGUGGGAUUUGACACUGGAGAUGACAGAUUGUUCCUGGUGUCACCUCUUAUCAUCUCACAUGAAAUCAAUGAGAAAAGCCCCUUCUGGGAGAUGUCCCGCACCCAGCUGGAGAAGGAAGAGUUUGAGAUUGUGGUCAUUCUGGAAGGGAUGGUGGAAGCAACAGGGAUGACUUGCCAAGCUCGCAGCUCCUACAUGGACACAGAGGUGCUGUGGGGACAUCGCUUCACUCCUGUCCUCACCCUGGAGAAGGACUUUUACGAAGUUGAUUACAACAGCUUCCACAGCACUUACGAAACCAACACUCCUGUGUGCUGUGCCAAAGAGCUGGCCCAGUCCCGCCGGGAAGGCCAACUCCUCAGCAGCAUCUCCAGUGCCACUGUCCUGGGUGGAGGCAGAGAAGCAGAGACGGUGAAAGGGGAGGAAGAGGAAGAGGAAGAAGACAGGGAGCCAGCAGCAUUCAGUGGAGCCAAUGGGACAGCGGGAGAGGUGAAAGAAGAUCUGCCUGUAUAACACGUGAGCUGCUGGGCAGUCAAAACCCACACACACAGCAAGUGAGGAAUUGACUGGGAGUCAGAGAGCUGAGGUUUAUAUCCAGAUCUCUGUUCCUGCUGCUUGAUCCUGGCGAGUCACUGCACAGCACUGUGCCUCAGUUUCCCUCCCCUUUUAACUGUAUGGCGAGGUCCUGAGCUUUGCUCUCAUUUGCAAAGCAUUUGGAUCUCUGUGGACAAGGCUCACUAAAUACAAUCACGGUUAAAAUUGAAAUCCCCACCAGUAGUUGUUUCAAAAGAUGUUUAUUGGACAUUCAAAACGUAUUUCCCCUUGCAAGGGUAUUUACAAAGGUAAAGAUCUAGAAGCUCCCAUCUCAGUAUGAAGAAUGUGUUUUCAUGCCUUCACUUAACUUGUGAGUGGAUGUGUUGUAGAUAUUGUUACUGCUUAAUUAAAAGAAGACCAAAAAACC